GCAGAGCGAUGACAUCCUGAGACCGGAACUUUCCAUCUUCCUAUUGGUGAGAUGACUAUAACCUUGGACGACGUGUCCUCAUUGCUUCAUAUUCCGAUUACCGGAAAAAUGCUCGACCACAACGGAACGUCAUGUACAAAGGAAGAUGGUGAAGAGAUGUGCGUAGAGUAUCUGAACUUCCCUAUUAGUAAGUGCAAGAAAGAGUUUCAAAAAAUGAAAGGAGCACAUAUAGGGUUUAAGGCGUUGAAGGAUUUGUAUCUCGAUAAUUUGAAGGAUGCCUUGAAAGCUGAAAGGUUAAAGAAGCCUGCUGAAGAUGUGGAAUUCCUCAGGGAAUGCACCAUUAGAUGCUAUUUGCUCUACUUGAUCGGUGCAACCAUUUUCACCAACAAAAGUAUGCAGUACGUGGACGUCAUUUUUCUUACCUACUUGCGAGACCUCAGUUUAGUUAACACGUGGAAUUGGGGUGCUUCUGGGCUGGCAUAUCUGUACAACUACUUGGAUGCUGCAAGCCGCCCGAGAUGUGGAAAUCAUGGUGGUUAUAACUGUCUAUUUCAGGCCUGGAUUAUGGCGCAUUUCAAAACUUUUGGUGGACGUUUUGUUGAUGAGAGAUACACCCACGACAAUCCCUAUACGGCAAGAUUUUUGCCUUUAAAAGGACCAAAAUUUCCAGGGCAGCAUAGGUCCGCAUUGGAUACAAUGCGCAUGGAUGAAGUGAUGUUUUGCCCAUAUGAGGAGCACCGGCAAACCAGACCCUUUCAAGAUAUCAGUUGGUACACUGGUUGGAUUAUGUGUGGAAGUGCUAUUAUCAAUCCACACUUGCCAGAACGUGUCCUCCGACAAUUUGGACAUGUCCAGUCUAUCCCUAGGCACCCUGAUGUAUCUGCAAAGGCUGGUAUGAAUCGGUUUACGAUUGCUGAUGCAUUUGCUUCCUACCUGACUGCCAACUAUGUGACAGAGGAGAUGCGAGGACCAAAAGUUGUGCGUGCAUUUGAUACCGUACCCGGAUACAUUCCAUGGUUAUACCGUGUUUCUCAUCCGAAGAUAUUGCCACCGGUUGAAGCGGAUCCACCAACACAUGCUAACCUUGAGGAGGACAACGUGAGUGGUGAAUGCGACGUGUCUGAAGUGACUAAGAAGGUUCGAGCGGAUUUGAGGAAAGCGCUCGAUGGUCAACUCAAUUUGGCCGAUGCUUUGGUGGUUAUUGAAAAAGCCUACACUGAUUUGGAGCCUGUAGAUGCAUAUUUGGUGCGACGGAAGAGGAAAAGAGACUCGGGUGAAGGAACAAAGAAGAGGAAGAAGAAGAAGAAGACAACAACGGAAGAUGCCGGAACAAGCAGCUUGUAG